CCAGGAGUAACACAAGACGGACGAAGGCUUCAUCUUGUGCCUUGAUUUUCUAGGUAGUUGCGAGCUGCGGGAAAGUAGAACGAGUGAGAAGAACUUGCAAUUUUAUGCACAUCAUUCGAGAAGUUGAGGUAUUAUUAGCUGAGAACCAGUAUAAUGAGUAUCCGGCAACGACUACAAGCCCGCGAGUUCAAUUUGAUAUCUUCAACAGAAGAUAUUGUACUACAAAUAGGUGGAGGUUUUCUUUUCAAUCUAUCACUAUCUUAGAGCUUAGCCUUGUAGUAAUUAGCGAAUUUUUGUGUUUCCGUUUACAGUAGACCCAAGAAAAAAUGUUCGGUGGUGCGCCUAGUGUCACAAACUUGCUCAAGGAUGGGCAUAAGCACUUUGCUGGUGCAGAUGAAGCACUUCUGAAGAAUAUUGAGGCAUGCAAAGAGCUGUCCAAGAUUGUUCAGUCAAGUUUCGGGCCAAACGGGACCAACAAACUGGUCAUUAACCACCUCGGGAAACACUUCGUCACAAGCGAUACUGGUACAGCUACAACGGAACUCGUUUUGUGAGCAAUAUGGAGAUGUACACAUAAGCGUGAACAAUUUUCUUUUUUCAAGACAUCGUCCUACUCCUGGUCAAGACGCUUGCUUUCAAAUGAAAAUCGACGAAAGAAAAUAUUUUAUUCCAAAUCUUCUUCUCAUAUGAACAAACAACAGCGACGAUGCUGAAAGAGAUGGAAGUGCAGCAUCCUUGCGGAAAGCUGCUAGUGCAAGCAUCAGGCGCGCAGGAGUUUGAGUGCGGUGAUGCUACUAACUUUUGCGUUAUGCUUGCGGGCGCCCUGUUGCAUGAAGCAGAAAACUUGCUCAAAGAAGGUAAGUACGUGAAUCUUUUGUUGUUGAUGAAUUUGCAGAAAUACUCGAUACGUUUUACAACUUAUCCGGAAAAAAUGAUAGAAAAUUAAAAACUAGCAUGGAUUAUGACUUUUUUUCAUCCAUCCUCCAGCUUCAACCAACGUGGUUAUCUACAACAGGUCUGCAUGCUGCGGACGUUUUAAAGGGUUACGAGCUUGCUUUGAAGAAAGUGCUCGAAAUUAUCGAUACAACUGAAUGCUGGACGCUGACAAAGGAAGGUCUUAAGAACGAAGGCGAUGUUUCAAGAGCAGUGAAGACCGCGAUCUCAGCUAAACAAUACGGACUUGAGGACCAGCUCUCAAAGCUGCUCGCACAAGCAGUAGUUCAGGUAACGACUUAGAAAACCAACAUAACAAACCUUGAUAUUGAUUCUCCAACAUGUUGAAACACGAGGAGUCGUUCAAAUUAUCCACUGUCUUUUUUUUCGACACCGCCGGGGUGUUCGCGCUGUCGACCGUUUCCUAGGCACAUGCAGCGUCUCACUCUACAAUUUAUCAGGUUACGCGCGCACGAGCUGAUCAUGACUCAAAAUUUGAGAUGGAUAACAUCCGAACAUCAAAAAUUCCGGGUGGCUCAUUGAGCAAGAGCUUCGUUGUUGACGGCAUGGUAUUUACUACCACAAGAAUAAAUUUAUGAGCUGAUUUGCUUGUGUUGGUGUACACGUCUACUGUACUAGCACCUGUUUGCUUCUAAUAAAUAAACUUAAACUUGUUCAUUCUUUAUUUUUACAACAACAAUCUUCAUUUUCUCACAUGACAAAACCUCCUUCACUAGGUCAUUCCGCGAGACACAUUAGGUGUGGAAAAGAAGAAAACGAAAGCAAAAGUCGUCGUUUAUGGAAACGGUGUGGAAUUCCAGCAGACUGAAGCGAAAGGAACCGUUUUACUUGAGAACGCUGAGCAGCUGAUGAACUACACUAAGGUGAGGACUUUCUUACUAAGCAACAAGAAUCUCUAGAAUAAGAGUUGUAUUUCAAACUCAUCUUGUUGUGCAUGAUUAAUUUUGCACGGAACACAACUGCAACAUAGAACUAUGCUUGAUGAAAGGACUGAGAGGAUUAUUUUAGGUCCUGUUAUAUUCCUUCUGUCACUUCUCAGGGUGAAGAAGCGAACAUGGAAGAGUGGGUUAAGGGUCUUGCGGAAGCCGGUGUCUCUGUCGUUAUUUCGGGUGGUGCUAUCUCUGAAAUCGCAUUGCAUUUCUUGGAUAAAUACAAAAUCCUGGUCACAAAAAUUAGUUCCAAGUUUGAACUACGACGCAUUUGCAAGACGCUGAAGGCGAUUAGCAUAAUCCGGGCGGUAUUUCAGACGAUUAUAGAUUUUUAUAUGUGCAUGUUUUUUUAGGCCAAUAACGGAUAGACAGAUGCAUCAAUAUCAAUUUGGCCGUGAGUUGUUUUGUUGUGCAUGAUUUGGCCUUGUUGAUUCAACAUCAACUGAAGAUCCUUAAGACGAAAUAAUGAAUAACAUCCACUGAAUCUUCCUGUCACAAUUCGAAUAUUCGAAUAGGGCCCGCCACUUCCUGAGGAGAUUGGAUACUGUGACAGCGUCGGCGUAGAAGAACUCGCUUCUCAGAAGCUUACAGUUUUUAAGGUCGCUGACUCCAAGAUCUCGACUAUAGUACUCCGAGGAGCUACCGCAAACCAGCUCGACGAGUGGGAGCGUGCAAUCAAUGAUGGCGUCCACGUUAUCCGUUGCGCCUCGAAGGACGGCCGAUUCUGCCCAGGUGGGGCCGCGACCGAAACAACCCUUGCUAGGGAAUUGCAAGCCUUUGGCGCAUCGGUACCACCAUUGAUUAUGACAAUUCAAAAUUGAAAAUUGAAGUUGUAAAACUAGUCCUACUCCAGCACGACGAUAGAUAUUAUAUUGUCAUGAAUGAACAAGAAUAAGAAUGAUUUCUGAUUUCGCAUUCACUUUUGAUUCUUGACAUGGCCCGCCUAUCCGAAUUUGAAAACAAUAGGUUCCCGGUCUCGAUCAGUAUGCCGUGUUGAAAUUCGCGGAGGCCAUCGAGUGCGUGCCGAAGAUUCUUAGCGACAACUGCGGUAAGAAAGGAAGAGUGGAGACGAUAACCGGCCUCUACCAAGAGCAAGAAAAGAAGAACCGCACCGUAGGAGUCAAUGUGGACCUUGAGGACGAGAAAUUUCUCCAGGAUAGUUUGGAGAAGGGCGUCUUGGAUCACUUGGACACAAAGAAGUGGGCCAUCAAGCACGCGCUUGAGGCAGUGCUCACUGUUCUGAGGGUCGAUCACAUUAUAAUGGCGAAACAAGCGGGAGGAGGGAAAUAAUUUAAGUGAUUAGCUGCAUGUCAUCCUGCUUGUCAUGGAUCUAUGUGCUGACGCAGUAUUUCGCUGCUUUCUUCAACCAGAGUGUGUGAAGUAGGAGCAUGCGCCGUUAGGGCACGACGGUAGAUGAAACGACGAUCCAGAAUCGUCAUGUGCGAAUCCUCGCGGUUUUCAUGAUCUUCCCGAAGUUUUCAAUCCCCCCUGUCUUCAUUCCCGUUUAUGUAGUCACGGUCACCCUGAUGAUACUUACUAGUCAAGGAAAACAAGAACAUGCACUACCCACAACUAUGAUUGAGACUUGGUAACGCUUAAAAUCUUCGUCUUCAAGAACAAGCUGUGGAUUUGACGAGCACGCAACCAGAACGUGAAUGAGUAGAAGUCCUUUUGAUGAAUACUUGUUGUUGAAAUUAGUUCUUGCUUGACAACCACAAUACGGAUACAUGAUCAGUGCGACAAAAACUUCUAUUGUCCUCAUCUACUUAUCGAGGAUGGGCCCUCAUUUGAUCAUCGGAAAGCGUUCUUUUCCUUCCAGCCCAUAGGAUGCAUGUUGAAAGCCAAUGCGAUUACGUGCUUGUUGUUUGAUCGGUUCUUAACAGGUGGAAGUGGAUAAUAAAGUCAAGAAAUUUGAGAAGGUUACGAAAAGACUGAAGAAGAAGUUAGACCUAG